CCGCCGCCGCCACCUCCUCUGCCUCACGUCUUCGCCCUCUUUUCUCUAUGUAGACUUAAUAGCCCCUACAAGGGAACCUGCGUGGAGGAGGAGGAGGAAGCAAAACAACAUGGCGGCGCCCUUGCAGGUUGCGAGGAGGUUUUUGCGGUUAUCAGGAAACCCGAUCCGAGAACAAUCUCGUUCUGCAUUCAGGGCAAAGCCUGAUGAUAUAAACAGACCGAACUGGGUUAAAGUUGGCCUGACUUUUGGUUCCUCAGUAGCAAUAUGGGUGCUGCUCCUAAAGCAGCAUAAUGAACAUCAAGCAGAAUAUGAAAGGCGAAAAGCAGAGAGGGGUUCAUAAUGGAGGUGCCAAAAUUAUGGUUGAAGAUGGUCUCCAUAGGAACUGUUACAGCCAACGCAUAGCCUACAAGGAUAUUUUUAUGUUAGUAGAUAACCCAUUGCUUGUUGGAUUAACUCCAAACUAAUUCUAAUUUUCCUGAAAUAAGGCAAUGACAAACAUGGAAGGUGGUUGAAAUCUCUGUGCUUCACAUGGUUGCUUCUAAAGGCUAUAAAUAAAAUAUAUUCCAUCAGA